CACAUCGGAGAAACGUCAGGUUGAACAAGCCAGUUUGUUUCCUGGUAAAAUUGUCGCAAGUGUUUCGAUUUUCUCCUAAAAAAUCUCGACUCAAAUUUGCGUGUGAAUUGCAGAGCUACGAGUGGAGCUGAAUCUCAAAUAUAGUGUGUCCGGUGAAUUUGUUUUUUUGUGAACAGUGUUUCUUGUGCUCUGUGAUUUUAUUCACUACAUAGCUUGGUAAAGUUUUAUACAAUUUAAUCACGAAAGUGUAAAAUUUAUUUGUGCGAAUGUUUAUGGGAGUGUGUGUGUGUGUUUAGUGUUUGUGAAUAAUUAAUGGUGCGCGAUAAGAUUUGGCGCAGGCGACAGUAGUGGGCCGUUUUAUAUAUAUAUAUGCAUCCAAAUUUGGCCCGGUCGUGCAACUUCGUUCCUGCAACGACGGUGGCGAAGUACACGGCACGGUUUGAACUGGGCAUCGGAGUGGUGUGUUGUUAUUAAUUCCUUCGGUUUACCUACCCUACCGGACCAGUAAACCGGCAGCAGCACGGGCCAAAACGUUAGCGGCCAGUACCGCGAGAAACUGAGACAGCGUGGCGAUCUACUCUUCUGUCCCUGCGGUUGGAAUAUGGAUAGAAGUGUAGAUUCCAUCGGUAGUUGCUCGCUUGAUGUAGAUGCUGAUUCGACCGAUUUUUCAGAUACCUCCGGUGAGCUAAAUUUCUUAACGCCAAUUUCCGGCAAGGACAUAACGCGCGAAUUCACGGCCGGCAUCAAGGAGCGUUGUAUGUUACCGGUGAUUAACUGUCAGGCCGUCACGAGCGUACUGGAUCCGGUAACUGGACACAUCAGUACCGUGCUGACGACGACCACAGCCACGAAUUCGCAGCAACAGCAGCAGCAGCAACCCCUGCUUGGUGGUGACAGUUCACCAACCGCAGUCACGAACAAGAAACCGAGCUAUCUGAACCUGGCCUGCUGCGUCAAUGGGUACUCGAACCUGACGACGUACGAUUCGAAACUCCGCCAGGACAUUAACAAGUCGCGCGAAGUUUCCCCCAGCCGUCCAAUCAUUGCCACGCUGCACUAUAAUCGUACCGAUUCCGGCACGGGUGGACAUCUGCUGACGGCUCCCACACUGAGCUACGUUAGCAUGAAUAAUACCAUCAAUAAUAACAACAAUUACAACAGUGGCAGUGGAGUAGGCAUCGGUGGUGGUAAUCGAAUGCUCAAGAUGAAUGGAGCGGGUGUGGUAAAUGGUGCUGGCGGUGGCCGGAUGCGAGGAAUGAAUGGUUCGAUCAUGUCACCAUCCGGCGGUGCCGAUAUGACUGAUAAUGCGGCAUCGAUCGGUUUGUUUAAUGGGAAUGGUAGUUUCGUGAGUAGCAUGCGAACGAAAGUUAUUUCCUCGCAGUCACAAAUCAGCAGUCACGCGCGGGACGACGCUCAAUCGCAGCUGAUGACACCGAAGAAGAGCUUUAUCCAGCAGCGUGUCGAGAAGCUGUACGGUGCGAGUGAGGUAGUGGUGCUCAACAAACAGAACUACAGUAGCAGCGAACGAAAGUACCUCAAUAAUAUUGCAAACGAAAACAAUGGUACGGUCGGUGGAACGCCGGUAAAGAUGAUUCAUCAGUUGAUCGGGAAUGGUACAACCCGAAACGGUGUAGCAAACGGAACCGUGACGAACGGGGCCACCAAUGGGUCGGCAUUUGUUUCUGUGGACGAAAACAACAAACAAAUUAACGGCGAUGGACACGUCGGUGAGGAUGCGGAUGUUGAUUCGCUACCAGUGAUGCGACAUCUGCGGCCAGAGUUUCGUGCACAGUUGCAAAUUUUUUCACCGAAAAAAGUACCGAAAUCGUCCCCAAAUCGUACGGCGACUACCAUUGGCGGUAGUACCACACAUACCAACAACACCAAUGGCAAUGUGACGCAUGCGAAUGGAAACACUGCGGAAGAGAAUGCCAAUCUGCUGCACACGGUAUCGAAACGAUACCCACAAUCGAAUGGCAAUAGUUACAUCGAUCACUUCGAACAGCUUAGUGUUUCGCGGGAAGAACAAGAUCAUCGCAAAAAUUUAACCGGUGAUGGUACGCAACGGACGGUGAUGAAAACUGCUCAACUAGCUUCGCAUACAACGCGCACCACCACUACCACGACCACCACCUCCACAAACGGAACGGGAAUAUUGUCGAGCAACGGGCGGCAUACUGAGCAGGAGCAGCAGGAAGAUGCCCUGAACACAAGCAACCGUCACCAUAGUAACGCUAUUAGUACACGCUCCGCGGCGGCAAAGCAAACUGACGUGAUAGAGCAGCAGCAGCAGCAGCAUCACGAAACGUCACAGAGCUACCGUCCGGACAGCAUGUCACCGUCAUCCGUAUCGUCAUCGGCGGUGAUAGUAGAGGAAGCUAAGCAGCAGCGCUCGCUGGUAGUAGUGGUGUCGUCGACUACCGCGGACGGUAACGGUGUUGGUCGAAUGUCGACUUCCGAUGGCAGUAGCGCCACCAUUGUCACCGUCACCACAACCGUACCUGACGAGCAGAAUGCGACAACCGUCGCCACGAGUGUGAUCGAAAACGGUGAGCAGAACGGUACCCGGCUAAGCAACCACAGCACCAAUAACAACGCUAGUGAAGGGUUAGCACAAGUAUCUGCUGCAGUGUGUGCGACGGCGGAAAACGGUGCUGUUAAUAAAUCUGGCAGUGGUGAAAUUGUAAAUUGUGAUAGUAACAACCAGCUGGUGACAGCGGACAGUAUGCGCACGGUGAACGGUAACAGCACGACGUUGAUGGAUAGUGCGGCCGUCAUUAAGCUGCCAAUGCCGAUGGCCGGUCUCGAAGAUGCGGAAGAGGAUAUCCCAACAAGUAGCAGCAAACCAGCAUCAACAUCUUUCAUCGAAGCAACGUCAAAUGGCACGAACGGCAACACCGUUCUUGACGGCAACCAUUUCCUGCGGAUCUUAAAAACCGAGCAAAAGCGGCUUAGAACAAUGGCUGACGUUGUUGAGGGAGAAAUUAAUCAGUUGAAGGCUGACGGUGUUGUGCUAGGAGAGGACAUAAACGGAUACAUCCUUGCUGCCGUUGGUAAGGCGCGCCUACUAUGCUCGCAGAAAAUGAAACAAUUUGAAGAUUUGUGUUACACGAAUCUGAACCAAUCGCCGGACGAAAAGUUCCAAACGACUGGUGAAGAUUUACGAGGAUUCUGGGACAUGGUGAUGCUGCAGGUAAACAACGUUGAUGCCAGCUUUGACGAAAUUGAUUCGUUCCGGAAAAAUAGCUGGCGGAAACCGAUUCCAAAGAGUCCGCCUCCGGCACAAGCUCGCAAUGGCACAGCACCCCGUACCAAGCUGGUGAAGCGUCCGUACAAAACGCAGACAACCGCAUCGAACGGUGGUUCCACCGUGACAGACGGCAGCAACGGUGUCGAAGCGAAAAAGGCGUCCGCCGCGCUGGCGGCUGCCAAACGUGAAGCUCAGCGGAAGCAGCUAAUGGAAAUGAAGCGCAAGCAGAAGCUGGCCAACAGCCAACAGCAGACGGCGGUAGAAAUAUUUGCUCCAUCGAAUGAAGUGCCGUCCGCACAAAACGGUGAUGACAACGCGAGCUGCACCGGCGCCUCUACGGUACUGACCGCAUCACCACUGGUCGAUACGAGUUGAUCUCGUGCAUCGCGACGAUUGCUUUAAGCUCUUUUCCAUCACUCACAUCUGAGUAAAGGAUUUCAUUCGGGAUUGGAAAAGAAACCUCCGUAUGGGAAAGGCAGGCAGCAAGAAGCAGCGGCCAAAUAUGAAGCGAGAGAUGGAAAAAGAUCACCUCACGUGAACAAAAUUGACCAGAUAGAGGGACAAGUUUGUUUGUACAUCUACUACACACAGGACUGAAUUUAUGUUUGACAUUUUUCGUUAAGUUUCACGCUACGAACUAUAAUUUCUGCGACAGUUCACCACUAAAACGCGCCCGACCAUAAAUUAAUCAUCGAUCAUCCCAUCAUCGUCACCAUGAUUUUAUCUCGCACGGGCUGGUUCUCGAAACGUUAGCUGGAAAAUUCUAUCCUCCACGUGUGUAAACACUGGGAAGGUUGUUGAGCAUUUUCAUUUCCACUAAGAGGGAAGGGGCUUAGUGCUUUAGCCCAAGCAAACUAAAACAGUAACUGAACCAAGACAGAACUAUAGCGAGCGAGAACGUACACAAAUUGUGAUUGUUUUAGACAUUUUUUUUUAUGGUCGAAUAUUAUAACUAUAUUAUUACUCUUGUUAUUGUAAGUACUAUUUUUACCUGUAAAAUGACACGAAUUGAUUUUAUUAAACGUUCGAAUGAAUUCACCAACACACAAGAUAAUGUAUUUGGGUACACAAGACGAAAUGGUUUAGAAGCGGUGCGAAAUGUUAAGAUAAGCAGAGGGACAAUUCAAACAUCAAAAUACCGAUUUAUAAAGAAGGUAAGGUUGAAGUGAGCGAUAAUAAAUUAAGCGCAGCAAAGCAGGACAAAGAAUUGUUUUUGUGGUUACAAACUUAGAGUAGAAAAACAAAAACAUUCUCAAAGACAAGCUUCAUGUAUACAUAAAAAGCUGCUGUAAAAGUUUAUGGGUGUACAUUAUCAUCUGGCUCACUAUCUUCUGUCGUACGCACGUGUUAACUAUUAUUUGUUUAUAGCGAACCUCCCCGAACUAUUAACUGAGGGACUCACUUUAUACUACAUUGUACAUGAAUGAAACAAGUGGGGGAAAAAACUAACAAAACAAAUCGAAUCGUAAGAUGAGAAGAAUCUCUAUUUAUUAACAAACGAUAAUCGAAAAUCAUUUAUCUAUUGCUAAUAACUAUUAAUAUAACUACUAUUGCUACUAUUUAGGCAUGUUUGUUGCUUGCUUCCUGUUACAACGAGAUGAACAAUCUCUGUCCUCUUGAGUUGCUUUUUAUAUUUGCCGUCGAAUGCGUCGAAUGUCAUCGUAUUGAAGUGCUAUACAAAGGUGUAGGUUUUGAUCCUCCGCUGCUGAAUAGAGAUUAUACUUUACUGCUUAUUGUGCACACUUUCUCACGAGCUUAAAAUGCCUUUUUGUUUGCGAACCCAGCUGCCAAUCAUUUUACAGUAGUGAUACCAUCGUUCUAUGAGAUUGUUGCUUAAUAUUGCUUAUCGCACAGAUAGUGCUUACACUACAGUACGAAUGCUGUCGUUUAUGUGUUUUUCUUUCCUUUCUCGAUCGCUUUCACGAUUAUUUUUUUUAAAAGUGGAAAGCAUUAUUAAAUUUUGAUAUGCAAUUCGUGAUAGCAGUUAGAGAGGACGGAAAAAUGUAUGUUACAUUUUUCGCAACAAUCGUAUCAUUGUCUGCAGAACAAAGACGAAACGAAACAGAAACAAAAUCGAAUACAUACACCCAAAAAAACACAAACAGCGUUAACAAAAAUUAAUCCACUGAGCGAGUGCCUUAUCGAUAUCGUUCUUGAAACAGAAAAUGAAAGGAGCAUUGUUGCGCGCGGUAUGAGUACAAAAAAAUAAAGUAUGUUUUUUUCCGUUCGUUUCUCAUUCGAAACUUUUGCGGUUUUGCAUUGAUGGUAUUAUUUACUUCUGUAAUCGUGAUCAGAUUUCUGAUCAGUUGUAUGUUCUCUUAUUUCACACAUUAACAUUUGAUACGCAACCAAUCGCUCCACGGGCGUUAAGUAGAGAAACUGCAUAGAGCAAAAAGAAACGCAUUACAAGUAAACGAAUCUUUGUUGAUGUGGCUCAAACGGCGCCAACUCUAGCCGCAAGUAAGGAAAGAAGAAGCAACACAAAAGUCAUUACAAUUAUACAAAUACAGUGCACUCUAUAUGUUAUCAUCCCAAUCUGGGCGGUUCCGGUACCCCGGGGGUGAGAAUUUAUGUUGUAAAUCUACUAUAAAAAGGCCAGGAUCGUGUGGUGUUGAAGGAAAAUUAUGACGACAAACGAGAGAAUACAAUGUUCGCUAUAUAAGCGAUCCAAAAAAAAACAGCGAAAACGACGAUUGUUAGCGUAGCGAAAGCGCUUUUCUGCGUUUAUUUUUCGAUUUAAGCAGUUUUUUGCACAUUUUACAGCAAUUUGUGCUGAAUUACGGCGUUGUAGUCAAAAUGUAAGACAAAACCUAUUGUAUGUAAGCAAACAACAAAAACCACAAACAAACUGAUAAGAAAAAAACAUUCAAUGGUAGGAUGGUAAAAUGAAUCAAAACACUAAAAACACGAUAAUGCAAGAAGUGUUAAUCAGUGUUGCAAAAGAAGUUGGAAAAAGGGAGGAGAGAAAAGAGUAAGAAAACAAAACAAUACAAUACCACCAAUAUUAAACACAUAUUAAAUCAAUAAAUACACACGAAAAUACACACACAGACAGAAACGCCCGAGCGGCAACACAUUUCAAGUACACAUUUUUAAUGUAAUAAACACACACACACUCCACUCUGUGGGUGUGGAUGGCGCGCGCGCGUAGGAUUUAGGGAUUGCAGAAUUGAAAAGCCUGCAGCUUUCUAGCUGAUGCUUUCAUCAUGCAAAUGGUGCUGUUUGCGGCGCGCUCACAACGGGAACGAACGCGGGGUGAAAUCUAUUUAACGGUGAAGUAUAUAAACGGUUCCUUCUUGCUUAUGUGUAGAUGUCAGCAAAAUAUGGCGUCCGAAAGCGUCGAAAAGCAAACACUCGAAUUGAUUGAAAUAAAUCGUUCAGCAAAAGAU